AUGGCCAAGAAUGAGCUUCAUGGCGUAGCUCUGGUGACAGGUGCAGGUUCUGGCAUUGGAAGAGCCACUGCAAUCGCUUUCGCGAGGGCAGGAUGCACGAAGAUUGCUCUCCUCGAUCUCAACGAAAUCGGUGUGAACGAAAUUAAGAGUGCUCUGGAGUGCCUAUUUGCUUCAGCCAACGUCGCGGCCAUUGUAGCAGCAUUCGUCAUUGAUAUCUUGUCGCUAGAAAGCGUGAGCAGAACAUAUUCUGCUGUGAAAUCCAAAUUUGGCAGAAUCGAUUACGCCGUACAAUGCGCUGGGAUCGCCAUGUUGAUUGGCCGGCCAUCGAACUCCCUCGAGCAAUUCGAUAAGCAGAUAGCAGUCAAUUAUUGA